AAGCAUCAGAAUUUAGAAUCACAAAUAAUUGCUAGAAAUUAGGUAUUCCCACUCCUCUAGAGAGAGAGAAAGAGAGAGAAAGAGAUCAGAAUUUCGUGUUUUCCUGGCAAAAGAAGAAGAAGAAAUUCUGGGUUUCGGUGGAUAAAGAGCAGAGACAUCACAGAAGAAGCUCUGGAUUCCACCCCUCUCCGUCCCCGGCGACGGUGGCUAUGCCGCUUGGCUUUCAGGUUGUUGCAGGCUUGGAUCUAAAGCAAUUUGUGUUAUUUCUCAAGACAUGGAGCGAGCUUGCUUCUGGUCAAAUUGCUUCCACUAUUCAGUCCUGUCAUUCCAGGAAGUGCUUGACUGGCGAUUUCUCUUCGUUGGAGCUUUUCUUCUGGUUUCUUUUGUUAAUUGCACUUAGUGGUCAGUUGCUCUUAAAUGAUCAGGAAAGGAGGCGUAAUGCUAGUUUCUUUUGAAAUAGGUGUUGGAUCUUUAGUGCAGUUGUACCAUGCAUUGCUGAUACAACAUCCAGUCCAACUCUCUGGGAAAUCUUCUUCAGGGGGCUGACGUCUGCUUAUCUGCUGCUGAAGACUGCUGCAUAGUCAAUAUUAGAUAAUUGAUUGUGGGAUCUCUGCAGGCUGCUUGCUUUCUAGUUAUUUCUUUGUUGUUGCUUCUGAUGGGUACUGUCUAGAGUGGCGAGAUAUCAGUUAGCUGAAGAUUUUGCAACUGUUCUUUUAUAGAUAUAGAUGAAAUAGCUGUUAGGGAAGUUAUAUUUGGACGCUUGGGCAACACUGUUCUUGAGCCAAGAGAUUUAUCCUGUUCCCUGAACCAAGUGUACUUGUUUCUUUAAAGUGACAAUAUGUUCUAUAGCUCUUGUCCAUAUUCACUGCUCGUGCCAUGCUACUGUCUUCAAGCCUUUGGGUUAGUAAUAAAUAAGCCUGUGCAGCUCGUCCAUCAGAAUAUUUCUGGUUUUGUGCUCAUGCAUGUUGCCUCAGAAAAUUGAUGGUGGAUUUAGCUGGACCAGCAACGCAGUUGUGUAUAGUUUAUAGAGUGUUUUAAGGACCAUUCAUUGAAGAUAACUUCCACUCGUCUUUAGUGAGUUCUUAUACUUGUCUUGAAUAAAUAAAGAGCUGCUUUGUGUUCCAAAAUAAUGGAGAGGUACACAUUAAUAAAGGAGGUAGGUGAUGGAACAUUCGGAAGUGUUUGGCGAGCUAUUAAUAAGAAAACUGGUGAAGUGGUUGCUAUUAAAAAAAUGAAGAAAAAAUACUUUUCAUGGGACGAGUGUGUGAAUUUGAGAGAAGUCAAGUCAUUGCGCAAAAUGAAUCAUCCUAAUAUUGUGAAGCUUAAGGAAGUCAUAAGAGAAAAUGACAUCUUGUACUUUGUGUUUGAAUACAUGGAGUGCAAUCUGUACCAACUUAUGAAAGACAGGCAGAAACUUUUCUCGGAAGCUGAAGUUAGAAAUUGGUGUUUUCAAGUUUUCCAAGGGCUUUCAUACAUGCACCAGUGUGGCUAUUUUCAUCGGGAUCUGAAGCCUGAGAAUUUGUUGGUCACAAAAGCACUAAUCAAAAUUGCUGAUUUUGGCCUGGUUCGGGAAGUUAAUUCCUUGCCACCAUAUACGGAAUAUGUCUCAACUCGCUGGUAUCGAGCCCCUGAAGUGCUGCUUCAAUCAUGCCUGUAUAGUUCUAAAGUUGAUAUGUGGGCAAUGGGUGCUAUAAUGGCGGAGUUGUUUACUCUCCGCCCUCUAUUUCCUGGUGCUAGUGAAGCAGAUGAGAUUUACAAAAUCUGUAGUGUGAUAGGCAGUCCAACUGAGGACUCGUGGGCUGAUGGGCUUCACCUCGCAAGUGAUAUCAACUACCAAUUCCCACAGUUUCCAGGUGUCAAUCUAUCUGCAUUGAUUCCCUCGGCUAGUGAUGACGCGAUUAGCCUUAUUACAGCACUUUGUUCAUGGGAUCCUUCCAAGAGGCCAUCAGCUGCUGAGGCACUUCAGCAUCCUUUCUUCCAGAGUUGCUAUUAUGUUCCGCCGUCCCUUCGUUCAAGACCCGCUGUUGCUAGAACUCCUCCAUCCGCUAGAACAAGAGUUCCGGAUCAACAACAAUGCGCUAAAAAACAUACUGCGACUCUACAUAACUCGAAGUCCUCAAGCAACUUUUCUUCACCGAAGUUACAUGCUUCUGCAGAUUCUGGUGUGCAGCGAAAGCUGGAUAUGCUUAACCAGGAUGCAAGAAAGAAUGAUAAUAAAUCUAUCAAGAGCUCCGGAAAUCAGCAAAAAUAUCGACCCCCGGGAAAAAGCAAUUCAAUCUCAACAAAUAGGGUUCGAGCCACACGUGUAGUUUCUGAUGCAUCUGAGAAGCUGGCAAACAUGACACUUGGUCCUCCUCGUAAGCCAACUGUGGGGCUGCGCCCCACCGCUCCUAUGAAAUCCGGAGUCCAGUGGAUUGGCGAGUCCGGCAAUGUGUAUCUAAGGCAUGCCCAGCCGAUCCAAUCCGGCAGAGUCUAUACCAGGAAAGUUGUGGGAUGAGAAGAUGGCUCGUCUGAGAGGUUAUAAAUAUUUCGUGUCCAAUAUGUGUGUGUGCAGCGUUCUUGUUUCAAAUAAGCGAACAUACAAAUCUACUUUCUGUCUGGCGUUUUUUUUUUUUAAAUUUUUUUU